UCGUCCACUUUCAUCACUCGCCUACAAACCAUCGAGGGGCUCAGCAAAAUUCUCUCAAACAAGCAUGGGGAUGCCACCUUUCUAUUUUAUAAUUGCAAUAAAGCAUUCCACUGGGUGGAGGUCGGAUCAAAAUCGAAGGUGUAUACCACGACUCCUCCCGUCACUUCUCGUUCUCUAAUACUGGUCUUCUCAGGAACCUCUGAUGAGAAUUACCUUCUCUGCCUUCCCCACAUGUCAUGACGUUAACCCGCACACUGCAUCUCCAGAGAAGCUCGACGUCGUCAUCGGCUUCAACACAGGCGAUCUUGUAUGGCUAGAUCCCAUGACCAGUCGUUAUGGCCGUCUAAACAAACAGGGAGCUAUCUCAUCUUCCCCGUGCACUGCGGUCCAUUGGGUCCCUUCAUCACCUACGUUAUUCCUGGUCUCGCAUGCUGACGGAACGAUCGUCGUCUACGACAAGGAGAGAGAUGAUGGCAUGUUCAGUCCAUCCAUACCCAGUGCGUCGGCGUUGACUACGCUCAACGUUCCUGGUCCAAACGCCCUUGGCGUGCCUGCCCAGAUUCAAGCUCCAUCACAACCGCAGGGAGGUACCGACUGGGAUCCAACAUCGACAAUGCAUGUCACCACGCCUCCAUGGCACCCUGAAUCCAGUGUAGCUGUCAAGGAACGGACAGACAAAGGUAUAGCCAAGAACCCAGUAAGUCACUGGAGAGUCAGUAGACGCAGUAUUAUGGACUUCGUAUUCUCUCCCGAUGUCAAGUACGUUGCCGCGAUAUCGGAAGACGGCUGUUUGCGUGUCAUCGAUGCCUUAGCAGAACAGCUGGUUGACUGCUAUUCUUCGUACUUCGGCGCGCUCACCUGUGUCGCGUGGUCCCCUGACGGUCGUUUCAUCCUCACCGGAGGACAGGAUGACCUGCUAACAAUUUUCUCACCAUGGGAACAACGUGUGGUUGCCAGGUGUCAAGGACACUCUUCGUUCGUCUCAGCCGUCGCAUUUGACGAACUGCGGUGUGAUGGGCGCAAUUAUCGCUUCGGCAGUGUAGGAGAGGACAACAAACUCAUUCUAUGGGAUUUCUCGAGCAGUGCAUUACAUAGACCAAAGCCACAGUCAGCACAUCACGUACGCGUGUCCAUGACUUCAAGCGUUUCGCUCGCGGUCCGCCACGGAGUAGGGUCUACAGCGCAGCUCGCUACGUCACGGUAUCAUCCAGCGCCGUCGAGGAACGAAGUCUCUGUUGUACAGCCAGUGCUCGUAAAGCAGAUCGAUACAGACCUACUUACCUCCCUGACCUUCCUACCGCGUGCACUGGUGACUGCAACAAAGGCAGGACAUGUCCGAGUAUGGGUGCGACCUCUGGUUAUGGCUGGGAAUUCUCGGCGGCGUGGACAUGGCAGACAGCUGUUGUCCGUAUCUGACAUACAGGGCGUGCUGGCCUGACCCCGUGGCGAACUGCGCAAAGCAUAAAUUAUUUGUUGCACUAUGUACAUUUGCUAGACUGUACAAUCAACCACGUACCUUUUCAAACGUCAGAUUGCUCG